AUGGGAGUUUGUAUAAGUAAAGUAGAGAAAACUCAACCAGAGAUAGCGAUGGAUCCCAUGCCUAUGGUAUAGACACAAAAAGGGAAUUAUUCAAUAAAUAGUUUACCUGCAGAAGUAUGAAUUAUAAGAAUAAUGUUUAGCCAAGAAGAGGGGAUAAGAAACGCUAAGCGAAAAUAGAAGUAGUGGAAGAGUAAAUACAUGAGAAUGUAGUAAAAUAAUAGAAAGAAAAAUGUCCUUUUGAUUUUUAGAUGAUUUUAAAUGCAUUUGGAAAUCAUUUCAUGUUUGCUUAACUUGAUAAUGAUGAUAAGUAAAGUAAAGAAUAAAAAGUAGAGCAAAACUAAUUGAUGAGAUGUAUUAUGUAACGGCAAGAAAUACAGAUUACAUUUUUAAAUAAGGAGAUAAAGCAACAUUAUUUUUUAUAAUUGGUAAGAUAUUGUAGAUUAAUAAGAAAGAGAGAGGAGAUUGUAAAAUCAUCAUAAAUGAAGAAGUAAAGAGAGUAUUAAAAACACCAGAGUUUUUUGGUGAAUUAGCAUUAAUGUAUCAUGCACCAAGAUCAGCAUCUGUAUAAGCAAUAGGAGAUUGUGGAUUUUGGGUAUUGGAAAGAAAGAAGUUUAGAAAAGCAGUUGAAGAUAUAUAAUAAAAAGCCUAUGAAACAAAUAGAAAAUUCUUGGAUUAAGUUAAGUUUUUUGGUAAUAGUGUUGUUGAAUUAAUCAUAUAGAUUUUAUGACUGAAGAAUAGAGAGAUAGCAUUGCAAAUGUGUUAAUAACAUUAAAAUUUAAAUAGGGUGAAAUAAUAGUAAAUGAAGGAGAUAUGGCAAAUUCAUUUUAUAUAAUAUAGAAAGGAAUUGUUGAAGUAACAAAAUAGGGAUAGUUUUUGAGAUUUAUGAAUUAAGGAGAUUCUUUUGGUGAAUAAGCAUUAUUUGGAAAUUGUGUAAGAGGAGCAACUGUCAAAGCAAAUGAUCAAGAUGUUAAUUUACUAUCUUUAAGUAGAGAAGAUAUUACAACUAUAUUAGGUGAAAAGAUUCAGGUACCAUUAUUGUAUUAUUUAGUUGAUAGUUAAUCAUUUAUACAAAUAUGCAGAAAUGGGCAUUUGAAAAACAUCAUUAAUUAAGAGAUCUUACUAAAAUGUAGAUUCAAAAAAUAGUAUCUAAUUUUAAAAUUAAAACUUAUGAAAGUAAAGAAUAUUUAUUCUCUAAAAAUUAAAUGAUUGAUAAAUUAAUUAUUAUUCUUGAUGGUUAAUUAGAAUUUGAUGGAUAAUUAUAUAAUAAUGGAUAAUUAUUUGGAGACACAUUUUUAUAAGUUGAGGAAUCUAAAAGAAAAAUUAGUUCAGAUAUUGUAACAACUCGUAAAACUACAUUAUCUGUACUUCCUUUUAAAUAAUUCUUUGAAUGUAUAGGAGGAGAAUUAGAAACUGUUGUUAAAAAAAAUAAAGAUAGAGCAGGUUCUUCAAGUUUAUUAGAGAAAAGAUAAAAAAGCAAUUAUUCUUUACUUACCUUAGAAGAUUUUAUUGGAUUAUAACUUUUAGGAGAAGGUACAUUUGGAAAUGCUUAUUUGGUUAAGGAUAUUCCAUAAUAGAAUUUACAUGUAAUGAAAUGUGUUCCAAAAGUUAAUAUAAUAGCAAGUAAUACAGAAAGACAUAUAAAAAAUGAGAAAUAAGCAUUAGAACUAUUAAAUCAUGGAAGUUUAGUAUCUUUUCAUAGAUCAUUUAAAGAUUAAAAUUAUAUUUAUUUAUUAACAGAAUAUGUAAAAGGAAAAGAAUUGUUUCAUGUAAUUAGAGAUCUUGGUUUAUUAAAUUCUUAUGAAACUUAAUUUUAUAUAGCUUAAAUGAUAAACAUAUUAGAGAAACUUCAUUCUUAUCAUAUUAUUUAUAGAGAUGUAAAACCUGAGAACUUUAUUGUUAUGGAAAAUGGUUAUUUAAAAUUGAUUGAUAUGGGAACAGCAAAAGUAUUAAAAUCCAGAGCAUCUAAAACUUAUACUAUUGUAGGAACACCUCAUUAUAUGUCACCUGAAAUAAUAAAAGAAAAAGGUUAUACAUUUUCAACAGAUUUAUGGUCAUUAGGAAUAUGUUUUUAUGAAUUCAUGUGUGGAGAAGUUCCAUUUGCUGGAAAUGAAGAUGAUGAUCCGUAUUUAAUUGAUAUUAUUUAGAUAUAUCAUUUCAUAGGCAAUUAUUAAUGGAAGAGUUGAAUAUCCACAAUUUUUAAAAGAUUUUAAAGCUAUAAAAUUAAUGGAUUAAUUAAUGAAUAAGACUCCUGAAUUAAGAUUAGGAGGAUCAUAUGAUGCACUCAAGGUUCAUUCUUGGUUUGAUGGAUUUUAAUGGGUAUAGUGUAUUAUCCUAUUAUUUUUAAGGAAGAAUUAGAAAUGAUGGAAAUUAAACCUCCUCAUAUUCCUAAACUCUAAUAAUCUCAAUUUGAAGAGAUUCCCUUUCUUGAUAUGAUUAAAAGAGAUACCACUCCUGAUAUGAUUUGUACUGUCCUUGUCGAUUGGGACUAAGAAUUUUGAAAAAUAUUUGCU